UUCUUGCAGAAAAAGGCAUAACCAUACCACACACUAUACGUUCCCUUUCUGCUAUAUCUCUAUAAAACCAAGUAGGAUUACAAUUGAAUCGCCAUCCCAGAGCUACCGCCGUCCGGCCACCAUACCGCAAUGGCGCCUCCCUCCACCUCCACCCCCACCCCCACACAACGACGGCCCUUCAGCCCACUGAGAUGCAUCGGGAUAAUCCUGUUAACCGUGAUUAUCAUCUUCGGCCUAGUCAUCCUCAUCCUCUGGCUGGCGGUCCGCCCUCACCGGCCGGUUUACGCCGUCGAGAACGGCACCGUCCACAACUUCAACCUAACCAACGACAACCACCUCACCGCCGACUUCAACUUCACCCUCAAAGCAUACAACCCCAACAAGCGCGUGUCCAUCUUCUACGCCUCCGUGGAGGCGCAGCUCUACUUCGGCAACGAGCAGAUCGCGUUCGCCACCUGGCCCGCCGCCUUCCACCAGCCGGUGAAGAACGUCACUUACCUGCCGCUGUUUCUUCCGGCCAAAGACGUGACGCUUUACGGCGACACGACGAGGGACUUCAAGAACGAGCGGUCCGCCGGAAAAGUGGACUUGGUGAUCAAGAUAAACGCCCGGGUUCGAUUCAAGAUGGGAUCGUGGAGAUCGAGGUAUCGCAAGCUUAGGGUUAUAUGCACCCCUACCGAUUACUAUUCUUCCAAGGGUUUUAAGGAGGCUAAAUGUGACACCGACUUAUAACUUUAAUUUAAUUUUGCAUGGCAAAUUGAGUGUUUUUAUUGUUAUUCUUAGGUUUAAGUGUGUAUUUAUUUAUGUUUUUUUAAGUAUUGUUUCAACACGGUUUGCCUGUGGUGAGCUUGUGUAAGUUUUAUUUGUUAUUACGGAGUAUCAGUUUUUGUUUGGAUUGUCAAUUGUAAUUUAUGUUGCAAAAA